AUGCCUUCAACCAUUUCUCCUCCGCGUGCGGCCCUGAACCAGAGCUCCGCACCAAACCCUGAUGGGACCUGUUCCCUCCCUCGUCUUCGUCCUGUCAGUGCCACCCGCGGUCCAAACCUGGCCCAUCUGGUGUCCAAAUUUGAGGUCCUUGAUGCCUUGGCAAGCACAAACCAGCCAGCGCAGCCCAGGCCAGGUUCCAUCUCGGGGCAUUCGAGACAACGGAUGACGCCAGCGGGCUUUGGAGAGCCAGUAUCGCCCUCUCCGGCUGCGGUGUCAUCCAUGCCCGUCUUGUCUGUCUCUGCGGGUCCGGGCAGCGUCGGAGCGAGCUCUGGUGACUUCUUGCCGCGACGCGUACCAUCCCCUAUCCUCUCAGAUCAUAGCUCGACAACUAAGAGUUCAAUGUAUGGCUUGAGACCAAACUCGAUCGUGGCGGAGCGAAGGAUGUUCUUCGAAAGCGUGCCCUCAAGCGGCAACCUGGACGAGAUCUCAACAACACCCCGGCAACGGCCAGACAAUGUUCAGGAAACAAUUCAAAUCACGCCUAGCUGGCAAACCUUACGAGCUAUCUCUCCAGCGUCGAGUUCAAGAUCGGUUCAAACCGCACAGCAGGACUACCCGUCGUCGGCCAAACAUUCCAGCCUUGCCUCUAAAUGUCUUCCUACAACAAAGACAUGCCCGGCCGUAUUCCACUGCCAGGAUGCUCAAUCUGGGUGCUGGCUCAUGGAUGAUAAAAUGCAAGAUGAUGCCAUCUCUGAGGCAGCCCCUUCGGCAUUGGCGGCCAAUACUGGUCCGGUCGAUUCAUGGAUGCAGCCAUGGUGGCAAUCUCGAAAGCGACGCCACGCUGCGGAUGCUCCCGGAACGAUGACGCAGACGCCGACAGAGGGGGGAAAUGGGGAUAUGCCAACGACUGCAUCUGUCGGAGACUGUCCAAAUGAAAGGCCAUCCCCGUCGUCAGCGAAAAGUAGCAGCACCAUCCGCGUCAUGCGCGAGGCCAAGUCGGUAUCAACGCCCGCGCAGGGGAAAAUCAACACCCAUUCGCCCAUCAUGGCAACUUUCCAGAAACGAUUGUAUCCUUUACGCACAUCCAUUCCGUCUUUGUCCAUAUCAAUUCCGAAGAAACGACACGGGGCCUCUCCAGGAAAUCAAGUACAGGCAUCGACACGCCUUGAGCCAAGCAGCUCUGGUUUCUUCAAUCGUUCUCCUACGCCCCAAGACUACUCAAACGACCAUUUCUCAAUUCAUGAUGGAUCGAAGGCCAUCCGGAUCGAAACUUCGGACACGCCCAAGUCAUGGCAGCUCCAAGACACUAUUGGCCUCUUCGAGUCGCUGAACCGCCAACAAACCAGGGAGGAGACGGCCACAGGCAACCCCGGGUUGACCAUCAACAUGUCCGACGAAGCAGGCGAUAGUAUAAAUGAGCGGCUCUCAUGCCAGAAGCGACGAGUAGGUCUCGGUUCAGCCUUGGGAAAGUUGUCCGGGUCCUGGGGCAGACGACAGCCUGGCAGGUUGGCGGGCAGAACCCGACAAAUGGCAGACGAGAAUGUCAGCGGCAGCAAGACUAACGGCAAGAGAACUUCACCACAUAUCUACGGCAAAAUAGAGGGACUUUCGGGCAUGUUUGAGCCGAACUCUGUGUCCAGGGACUUGGUCGAUAUGAAUGUCGGCUUGCCAACUGCAGCAAUAUCCACGAUGGACGACCUAUUCCCCGCCUCGUGGCAUGAUCGGACACAUGAAGCCUGCUCCGCAAAUGUAUCACACGAGAGAGGCACUCUUGGCAAUAACGAGUCCUUCGCAUCGGAUCUUCUGACGCGGGUGCUAGAUGGUGCCUCCGAUGCCGUCGCGAGUAGGACCGAAUCUAGAGCCAGACUCUCGAGAUCCGAGCCUGAAGCGUUGGGGAAGAGCAACAAUCGAAUGCCGAGUCGUCGUUGGACCUUGCGGGGCAGUGACACGGUCGUUGCACAAGUACGAUGCACUUUGGAGCAACCGCGUCCACGAAGGGCAAACGAGAUGAGGCGAUUGGUGAGUCUCUGCAAGGACAGGGUGACUGUAUGGAAGGGGAAAGGCCACACCGAGUAG